UGAGUCGGAGGCGGCUGUCCUGAUGAAGUGUCGGCAGAGGGAGGAGGAAACCAAAGAGAGGAAGGAAACGAGGAUAACGUCACGAAAAGCAGAGUCGGAGUAAAACGGGCUGAAUAGUAUUUAAUGGACAAUCCUUGAUGCGGGCCGGGGAGCUGCGGCUAAUUGUGUUCGUUUGCUCCGGACUGGACAGAGAUGUUUUUCUUAACUUAUCGGGCGUGAAAAAGGCCACCAUAAAAAAAAAGCAUUUCGGAGAGGAAACGGCAACACACAACAACAGCAGCAGCAACAGCAGAUUUCAUCUCUGUUUUUUUUCCCCAGGAGCUCCACCAAAGCAGAGAAAUGGACAUACGUGUAGCCCUCCUCCGUUUGCCUGUUUACUGAAGGAUUUGGAAACAGCCUAAUCGUGACACACGGAGCUUUAAGUGGAUCUCCUCUGCAGCUCUGUGUUUUUUUUUUCAAUGAGUGAAAAAGACAUAUAGUCCAAUCCUCCGCGGGAUUUUGGGGACGUUGCUUUCGCUUUUUGUUUUGUUUUUUGUUUUUGUUUUUCCCUAAACGGCAGAAAAAAUAGCAGCAACAUCAUCGGGGAGAAUUAACAGGUGACGGCUCGGACAAAUCCAAAAUGAGUGAGCUGGAGCAGCUUCGUCAGGAGGCCGAGCAGCUAAGGAACCAGAUAAGAGAUGCCAGGAAAGCAUGUGGAGAUUCAACCCUGACACAGAUAACUGCUGGUCUGGAUCCUGUGGGGCGGAUUCAGAUGAGGACAAGACGCACCCUACGUGGCCACCUUGCCAAGAUCUACGCCAUGCACUGGGGUUCAGACUCAAGGCUCCUGGUCAGUGCCUCUCAAGAUGGAAAACUGAUCAUCUGGGACAGCUACACCACUAACAAGAUUCACGCCAUCCCCCUGCGCUCCUCCUGGGUGAUGACCUGUGCGUACGCCCCCUCUGGGAACUAUGUGGCCUGCGGGGGCCUCGACAACAUCUGCUCCAUCUACUGCUUGAAGACGCGUGAGGGCAACGUCAGAGUCAGCAGGGAACUACCUGGCCAUACAGGCUACCUGUCUUGUUGCCGUUUCAUUGAUGACAAUCAAAUCAUCACGAGUUCAGGAGACACCACAUGUGCACUGUGGGAUAUUGAGACGAGCCAGCAGACCACGGUUUUCUCGGGCCACAGCGGUGACGUCAUGAGUCUGUCCCUGUCGCCCGACCUGCGCACCUUUGUGUCAGGAGCCUGCGAUGCCUCGGUCAAACUGUGGGACAUCAGGGACAGCAUGUGCCGGCAGACCUUCACAGGCCACGAGUCGGACAUCAACGCCAUCUGUUUCUUUCCCAACGGCAGCGCCUUCGCCACAGGCUCUGACGACGCCACCUGCAGGCUGUUUGACCUGCGUGCGGACCAGGAGCUCAGCCUCUACUGCCACGACAACAUCAUCUGUGGCAUCACCUCCGUGGCUUUCUCACGCUCCGGCCGUUUGCUGCUGGCUGGUUACGAUGACUUUAACUGCAACAUCUGGGACGCCAUGAAGGGGGACAGAGCAGGAGUCCUGGCCGGCCAUGACAAUCGUGUGAGCUGUCUGGGUGUGACGAAUGACGGCAUGGCGGUGUGCACCGGGUCCUGGGACAGCUUCCUCAAGAUCUGGAACUGAGCCA